AUGCCAGGAUUUCUCAAGUACCAAUAUCACAUCAUAAUGGAAAAGGGAAUCAGUGGUAUUUAUAACUAUGAGAAAGUCACAAAUAAUAAAGAUCAGCCGCUAACAUUUGGUGCAACGAGUACCGUUUAUCGAUUUAAUCCCAGAACCAUGAACCAGGCCACCAAUAGUGUACAGCAGGGCAUUUUAUCAAAUAAUGAUGAGUUGAUGAAUUCAAGGCUAGUUCAGGACACUACAUGGCAACUUGCUGAUAGUACUUACUAUACGAAGUACGAUUAUGCCGGGUAUAUUCGAAAUUCACCGUACGUUAGAGUAUUUGGAAAUGGGUGUGGUGCAUGGUUGAUUUCUGCUAGUCGGGAAUACCACUCUGAUUGUCCUCUAAAACAAGACCUUCUGGUUCAUCAGGAUGCUCUCAUAGCCAACUAUAUGACUGAAGGCCAUUUUGCUACACCAGCUGUGACUGCUCCAGUAGGAUGGUCAAAGAUUUAUGGUCCCUGGCUGCUUUACUUCAAUGAAGGAAUGGAUGAUGAGAUGAGAGCAGAUGCAAUUCGUCAGAGUAAAAUGGAACAGGAUCAUUGGCCUUAUAAGUGGAUGAAUGAAACUUGUUAUCCACUAAAAAGAGGUGAGCUGAGAGGACAGAUUGCUAGCCCUAUUCGAAGCAUGGUUGUGCUUUCAUCUUCCUUAACAGAAGAGUUUGACCGACAAACGUUUGGAUUUUCUUACCCUACUGAAACGAACGUAAAUGGUGACUUUAAACCUAAUCGUAUCAGGCCUGGAACAUAUAAGUUAACGACAUAUCCCAUAGAAGGUUAUGGCAUUGGUUUCCAGUCAGAAAAACUAAUAAAUAUUACUCAAGGAAAGAACAGAGUCACCGUGGAUUUAUCGGUUCCCACGGAAGUAAAGUGGUCUAUUGGAGAAACAAACAGGCGAUCAGGCUCAUAUCAAUAUUGUAAUGAAGAACGAAGUUAUAUCUGGCAUACGUUGCCACCAGCGGAUCUACAAUUCGAGAUUGGCAAAUGCGAGAUCCAUACAGACUGGUAUUAUGCACAAACGAAACCGGGAGCUUGGACUAUUAGGUACAAGGAUUCUCUAAAUGGCAAAAACAGAGUUUUACGAAUUGGGAUUGCAGCACCGAGCUAUAAUAAAGGAUCUCCUAUUUUGGCAGUGGAUGUAAAUGAUAAUUUAAUCAAUGAAUUCCACUAUAGAAACGAUCAAUCUAUUUAUCGCAGUGCACCGCAGAGUGGAAAUUUUCAUUCCGAAAACAUAAUAAUACCGGGAGAUCUCGUUACCGAAGGAGAUAAUCUCAUAAGCUUAACGAUUCGUCAAGGAUCUGUUAUGUAUGAUAGUAUCAAUCUCUCAGACAAUCAGUUUUGA